GAGAGCACCUGGAACCAGGAGAACCGCUUCUGCGGCUGGUUCAACUGGGAGCUGAGUGAGAAGGGGGCCGAGGAGGCCAGGCGGGGGGCCCAGGCCGUCAAGGAUGCCAAGAUGGAGUUUGACAUCUGCUACACGUCGGUGCUGAAGCGGGCAAUCCGCACACUCUGGACCAUCCUGGAAGGCACGGACCAGAUGUGGCUGCCGGUGGUGCGCACCUGGAGUCUCAACGAGCGGCACUACGGGGGCCUGACGGGCCUCAACAAGGCGGAGACGGCCGCCAAGCACCGGGAGGAGCAGGUGAAGAUCUGGAGGCGCUCCUUCGACAUCCCGCCUCCCCCCAUGGACGAGAAGCACCCUUACUACAGCAUCAUCA